AAAACCGUGGUUGUUACACGUCAAACGACGAUUUCCAAUAAAAUGUUCUCUAAAUUAUUACUUUAACUAGUUAAAUGAAAUAAAUUAAACUUGUAAAUAGUACUUUAAAUAAUUCUGAGGGCACUCAUUUGUUUAUGUGAAUAAGUUCGCUACGUCCGCUAAAUGAAUUAUAUAGACUAGUGAACCUUAUCAGACAAAAUGGGUGGCUUAUUUAGUUACUUCAGAGGGUUGCUAGGGGCACGAGAAAUGCGUAUUUUGAUCCUCGGACUGGACGGCGCCGGGAAGACAACAAUACUAUACAAAUUGCAAGUGGGUGAGGUGGUCACUACUAUUCCCACCAUCGGGUUUAAUGUAGAACAGGUCACAUACAAAAACCUCAAGUUCCAAGUGUGGGAUCUCGGAGGACAGACCAGUAUUAGGCCCUACUGGCGAUGUUAUUAUGGCAAUACAGAUGCUAUAAUUUAUGUUGUAGACUCUGCCGACAGAGACAGAAUAGGGAUAUCAAAAGACGAAUUGGUUCAUAUGUUAAGAGAAGAAGAACUAGCUAAUGCAAUACUAGUGGUGUUAGCGAAUAAGCAAGACAUGGCGGGCUGCCUGACAGUGGCGGAGGUGCACCAGGCGCUGGGGCUUGACGCGCUGCGCGACCGCACGUUCCAGAUCUUCAAGACGUCGGCCGUGCGCGGCGAGGGGCUCGACCAGGCCAUGGACUGGCUGUCCAGCGCGCUGCAGGCCAGGAAAUAACGAAAAAUUACCCAUAAACUACAAAAUACGGGAUGCGGCAUGAAGGAGAUAGCAGCCAGCGGCCCAAAGCGCGGGAGACAGAUAGUAAUACCAUAGUCACCUGUAACUACAUUAGAGUUAAGUAGGUACUUAGCGUCGCCGCUUUUUUAUGCAGGGUACAGACAUAUGGCCAACUGUGGCCAAAGCAAAUGGGCUCGAGGGAGCGCCAAGCCGCGCGAGUAGGUACAAACAUGAGCAGUAAGAUAAUAUCUACACAUUUUUAACAUUCUCAACCUCUCUCCCUCCUCUCUUUUCUCUAUCUUACUUAUAUUUAUAUAAGACGUUUAGUUCGGCCUUGAGCGCCUUGGAAGCAGUGAGGCAUGUGUUGCCGAAUGGCGGCGAGACCCCAGUGUAAGUACUUAACAUGCGCCUGCCUCUAUUCGCCCGGAUAGCCAUAUGUCUGUACAGUCAGCGUCAAAUACUUCGUAGCAGUCAAA